UCUCUAACAGACAACGAAGCCUUCGCCGACCUCCCGAAGCUCUAGGGUUCUUCGUCCUUGAAAUCGAUCUCUUUGUAGAUUUCGGUGGGUCGGAUCUAGGAUUAGGGCUCACGGCGAUCCAGAUCGCGCGAGGAGGAACAGAUGAAGCUAAGGAUCAACAAAGCCUGCGAUCUGGGCUCCAUCUCUGUUCUUCCUCCGAGGAGAUCGGGCGGAAUGAGCUCUGGAGGCGAUGGACUGGGGAGGAGCCAGGCGUCUCAGAUCCGUUCCCAAUCGCAGCAGUCGUUCUCCCAGGGCAUCUCUCUGUCGCAGCUCUCCCAGAGCUCGUUUGAGGAGCCUCUGGUCAACGAUCAGAGAUUUGGUUCUCAAGAAAAAGAUAACUCAUUAAGAAAGAUCUCGUCAUUGGCACCGAUCGCAUUAACAAGAGAAGAAUCUCAGCUACAGCUCACAAGAGCAUCUAGCAAUGUUAUGCACCGAUGGAAUGCAGCCUCGAUGUCAGAUAAUAGAUUUCAGGUCAGUGAAGAACUUGAACACAAACUUCGACACAUUGAAAGCUCAAUCAAUAGGGUUGGAAUGAUCCUGGAUUCUGUUCAAAGUGAUGUUAUGCAAGUAAACAGAGCGGCAAAAGAAUUAUCAUUAGAAGUGGAAGGGAUAAGGCAAAAAGUAAGUCUUCUUGAAAACUCCAUGCAACAAAUGGUGAAGUGGGAAGAUGAUAUCAAAGCUUUUAUUGGUGGAAGCCUCACUUCCAUUUCUGAUCAGCUGAUCAAAAUCUCCAGUUCUGGCAAAGUAAAUGAGAUUGCCUCAGCAGUUGCAACUUUGCAAGAGCAGAUGUUUUCACGUUUAGCACGACUCGAGUGUGAAGUUUGUAGGUUUUUUUCUGAAAAGGAGGUAAGGGAAAGUGGCAUUAAGUCCUCUAAUAACCAACAUUCAGUUAAAUUCCAGUCACCUAUGAGCGGAAAUUAUAUGGAUAUAAAAGAGUCUCUGGAGGGCAAUAUAGAAGAAAAAAAAGUUUCUGCUGCACCACUGAUGAGCAACAAGCAAAGGUCUCCACCUUUUAAGAAAGAAGGAAAGCUAGAGUCAUUUAAAUCAAAGCUGACUGAACCAAAGCAUACUGUGAAACACAAACACAUAAUUCCUCAUACAAAGCAGGAAGAAUUUGUUAGAGUAAUCGUUGAUUUAGAUGAAGAAAGUGAUGGAGGCAUCUCAUGCCUUAUAGUGAACAAAGGAACAGGGAAGAAGAGUAGCUUUAUGGAGGAAGUUCAGGAAGAUACUCUGCGAAUUCUAAGAAAAGCAAGGAUGAAAAAAAGAAGACAGAUGAAUUCAAUAACUGUUGUUUAAGGUGAGACACCAUGUGCUUGUCCUUUGGUAAACCACCAGCCAUAUUAAGAGUAUUAUGAUGCUUUCACUGUAGGUUACACAAGUAAAAUCGUCUGUUUCAGUUGCCAUACAACCAAAAAAAGAUCAAUUAGUACAGUCACUUUUCUUAUCUAGCUCAAAUCUUAUCAGAGCAUUCCUGCCAGCUCAAGCCAUGCCAUCAUUGUUUUAUCUUGUGCUUGAUAAAUUUGGCUUCUAGAACCAGAAGCAUGAUUGUCUCUAAGAAGUUAAUAAUAUGUUGUUACUAUAAUAAAACUUAAAUCUGGGCAGCUUAACUCUCAUUAUUUUGUCAAAUCUCAUUAUAUGAAUAGGUGAAUUUUUCUCCAUUUACAUUUCACUAAAGAAAAGGACAAAAGAGGACAUUGUUUCAAUGAUACAUGUAACUCUAUCUUUUAUUUUAAUUUUCCAUUAAAGCCUUUCGAGCUUCAUGUUCAAAUGUAUCAAAGAAAUAUAACAAAUACACAGAAAUUAAGGUGUAAAUGUAUAUAAUUCAUCUUCUGUUAUCAAUGUUGUUUUUUCUCGUAUUUCCUGUGGACGCAUCUGUUCAUAUUUUGAUCUUUGAGCAUAUGCAUUGUUUUAAAACAAUGUUUUAAACAAGAGACCUUUUUCAUCUUCUUAUAAGAAAAUUGUCCAAUAAUUUGGGCAACAAAUAUCAAGAAUUAAUGUAAGAAAUGGUCUAUCUGAGCCUCUAGUUGGAUGACAGUAAGAGUCUUGACCACAAGUUACCCCACACAAACAGUAUCUGUUAAACAGCAUAGAAGACCUUGAUAGAUUUUGAUCAUUGUGCUGAUUGAUAGAUCCAACCUUGUUGCUUUCCGCUUUCUUUUGCUGGACAGAAGAUUAUGAAGAGUCGAGACCCACG